GGAAUGCCACCUUCUGCCCCCUGCCAUGCGAUGCCAACAGCUACUAUGACCCUUGCAUGACCGGCUGUCCUGCCACCUGUGUUGACCGAGAAGCCCCACAGAACUGCUCCAAGCCCUGCGUGGAGGGCUGCGCGUGUACCUCUGGCUUCCUGCUCAGCGGAGACACCUGCGUGCCCGAGGCCCAGUGUGGCUGCCUCUUUGAGGGCAACUACUACAGCCAAGGCGAGUACUUUGUGAGCGAGAACUGCACUCGCCGGUGCCGCUGUGAGGCCAACGGCCAGAUGAAUUGCUCUGCGUUGUCCUGUGGUGAGGACGAGGUCUGCAAGAUCCAGAAUGGCCAGAGGGACUGUUACCCGGCCAGCACCGAUCUCUGCCACAUCUACGGCGACCCGCAUUACAGCACCUUCGAUGGGAAGCUUCACCACUUCCAGGGCUCCUGCAACUACACGGUGGUGACGGGCUGUGGCAACUCCUCUGUUGGCUUCACUGUCACCACCCGCAACAAACAUCGCGGCAGCCCGACCUGGACAGCUCUGAACUCUGUGGCACUGUCCAUGGAAGGCCUCCACAUUGCGCUGCGCCAGAACAAGGCGGUCUACGUAAGCCCCUCGUUUUUACACCUGGGAACAACAGAUGCCCGAGGCACCAUUAAGUACCCCUCUGUCCCCAAGUGGAGCUUGAGAUUCCCUGAGCCUGCUGGCGUGCUCACAGAAGGGCACGGCAAGGCU